UGACACGUCCCUUGAAGAACAAGUAAAAGCAACCCCAACCCAACCCACAUCAUCUGGGAGAUUAGAAUUAGAUACUACCUCUUUCUCUUCUUCCCCGAUUUUCAUUCAAUCCAAUACUUUCUGCAACCCUAAUUCCCAAUCCCAAUUCUAAAUGUCUCAAACCUCUCAAACCCUAAUGCCUCUCGAUUCCGAAGAACCACCCUCCUCCUCCCCAAUUUCCACUUCCCCCAAUACAUCCUCCAAUUCCAUACCCACCGUCCUCCACCUUUCCUUCAACCAAGACUCUGGUUGCUUCGCUACCGGCACCGAUCUCGGCUUCCGCAUCUACAACUGCGAUCCCUUCCGCGAGAUUUUCCGCCGGGAAUUCGGUCCCGGCGGCGGAAUCGGUUUGGUCCACAUGCUAUUCCGAUGCAAUAUUCUCGCUUUCGUCGGCGGUGGAUCAGACCCUCGGUAUCCUGCGAACAAGGUGAUGAUAUGGGAUGAUCACCAGUCUCGGUGCAUCGGAGAGCUUUCGUUUCGGUCGGAGGUGAAAGGUGUUCGCCUUCGAAGGGACCGAAUUGUGGUUGUUUUGGCACAUAAGAUUUUCGUUUACAAUUUCGCUGAUCUUAAGGUUCUUCACCAAAUUGAGACCAUUGUGAACCCUAAGGGUCUUUGUGAGGUUUCACAUGUUUCGGGAACUAUGGUGUUGGCGUGUCCUGGGUUGCAGAAGGGUCAGGUUAGGGUUGAACAUUAUGCCUCUAAGAGAACCAAGUUCAUCAUGGCACAUGAUUCCAGAAUCGCUUGCUUCGCUUUAACCCAAGAUGGACGUUUACUUGCUACUGCAAGCUCCAAGGGGACUCUCAUGAGAGUUUUCAAUACCUUGGAUGGUUCCUUGCUCCAAGAGGUACGGAGAGGUGCUGACAGAGCUGAGAUAUACAGUCUUGCCUUCUCUUCCACUGCACAGUGGUUAGCUGUCUCGAGUGACAAGGGAACCGUUCAUGUCUUCAACCUGAAGGUUGAUUCGGGAUUGUUGGGACAUGACAGAUCGCAUACUACAUCUGAGUCUAGUCCUACUAGCACAGCAGCGGCUUCGUCUCUUUCUUUUUUCAAAGGUGUCUUACCUAAGUAUUUUAGCUCAGAGUGGUCUGUGGCUCAAUUUCGCUUGCAAGAGGCUGUUCAAUAUAUUGUUGCCUUUGGCCAUCAGAAAAAUACAAUUGUGAUACUUGGCAUGGAUGGCAGCUUCUAUCGAUGUCAGUUUGAUUCUGCAACCGGUGGGGAGAUGACACAACUUGAAUAUUACAAUUUCCUAAAACCAGAAGAGACAUUCUAGUAUGAGUGCAUCAUUCUGUAUAUAUCUUCGUUGGCACUUGCUGUGAAUACUAUUUGAAUUUCUAUUUACCUUGUUAUUUAUAAUAACACCAAGUUGUAAAUAGAAUUUAUGCAAAGCCACUAAUGUCAUUCAAUCUUCUCUGUUGCGGUGUAUAUAUUUAAACUCGGCGUUGUCAAUUGAAAUUUUUGGCUCCAGAUUAUACUCUGUGAAAAUAAUUGUGUCGGGACUCCGGAUUCUGGUUUUCUUGUUAUGCUAACUAUUUUCAGUAAUGCUUAA